UAGGAAAUGGAGCCUAGAAGAAUCCUCACACAGACCCUAUUUGUGUUCUUUCUUACCACCGGACUAAAUGAAGGAAAGCAUGGUGCAAAGUUGUAUUCAGGACUGCCUGCAUUGAAAUUAGACCAGGCAAGUCUUACGGUCCAUAACCUGCUACCAACUGGCGUUGAUGUCCUCUACACCUCUGAUUACUGCUACAAGUGUCUGUACCAGCCCCUGGUCAGUGUUCUAAAUGGUCCCCAGAAUGCAUCUGUCGUGGUCAGCACCGUCCUCACUCUGACACUGCAGUUACAACCAAUGGGCAGAAACACAACUCUCUGCAGGUGGAGUCAGUUGUAUGAAGAAGCUGGCCGUUACUCUGUCUGGAUCCAAGGGUCAGAAUCUCCCGUCAACGUCAUCUGCUAUCAUACUGUGGAUGUCAGUCCAAAUAACAUCUAUUUCCCUCUGUUGGUGGCAGCUCUUCUACUGGCACUUAUUGCUCUCCUGUGUGUCGUUGCUCCCAACCUGUACAGGAGGCGCUGUACGACAAAGCUUAUCAAGACCAUUUGCUGCAAAGGCCCACAACAUGCAAUGGAUGAUGAGGUUAACACUGCCCAACCAAAAGCAACACGACUGCGCUCAUUGGACACUUUCCGAGGACUUUCCCUGACAAUCAUGGUUUUUGUUAACUAUGGAGGUGGAGGGUACUGGAUAUUUGAACAUGCACCAUGGAAUGGUCUUACUGUGGCUGAUCUUGUGAUGCCUUGGUUUGUGUUCAUCAUUGGGACUUCUGUGGUAUUGGCCUUCACCUCCAUGCGGAAAAAGGGAGUUGGCCGUUGGCAGCUAAUACGCAAGCUAACCUGGAGAACUGUGGUCCUCAUCCUUAUCGGCUUUUGUUUCAUGAACUACUCUCCAAAGGAUGGAUUAUUAUCUUGGUCUUGGCUUAGAAUCCCUGGAGUCCUCCAGCGUCUGGGAUUCACCUACUUCAUACUGUCUCUGAUGCAGUCUUUCUGGGGCAUGGGAGAGAUCCCACUGAGCGGGGAUCGCUGGUGGGACCCUGUCCAGGAUGUGGUCUUGUAUUGGCCAGAGUGGAUCUUCAUUAUUCUCCUUGAGACAUUAUGGCUGUGUCUCACCUUCCUACUGCCUGUGCCUAACUGCCCCACAGGUUAUUUGGGGGCUGGUGGGAUUGGGGAUAAUGGCCUAUAUCCCAACUGUACUGGGGGAGCAGCCGGGUACAUUGACAAGUGGUUAUUGGGUGAUAACAUCUACCAUUGGCCAACGUGCAAGGCCAUGUAUCGUACUACCCAGCCCUUUGACCCAGAGGGGGUUCUGGGUACUAUCAACUCCAUUGUCAUGGGAUUCAUGGGGAUGCAAGCGGGAAAAAUUCUACUUUUUUACAGGAAAAAGGAUGUCAGCAUCCUCUCCCGAUUCCUAGUAUGGGCCAUCCUCCUGGGAAUCUCCACAGCCAUCCUUUCUAAGUGCACGCGAGACGAAGGAUUUAUACCUGUCAAUAAAAACCUUUGGUCUCUGUCGUAUAUCACCUGCAUGGGCUGUUUCUCUUUCCUCCUGCUGGGAGUCAUGUAUUUCAUCAUGGACGUUAAGGCCUGGUGGGGCGGCCAACCCUUCAUUUACCCAGGGAUGAACUCCAUCUUUGUGUACGUGGGCCACUCUCUCCUGGGGUCCUACUUCCCCUUCAGCUGGGAGAUGCGCUUCGUGGACAGCCACUGGGAGAAGCUGUUCCAGAGCCUGUGGGCCACCUCCCUCUGGGUCCUCAUCGCUUACCUGUUAUACAGGAAGAAGUUCUUUCUCAAAAUCUAAUAGCGCUACAAUCCAACUCCUUUCAUUCACUGUCUGAUUUCAUUCUGAGCCAUUGUUGUGAGAAUUAUUGCAAAUGCUUGAUUUUAUUGGUUUACUGUAAAGUGUGUUGUGAUUUUAAAUGCACUUUAAAUAAAGUUUGUUUUGAUUUGA